AUGGAUCCAUCAUCACUAUCGAAUCCAUCAGAGGCAAAAGUUGAUUCUUUGCACUUGGUAUUGACUGUAGACUUUGCCAAGUCGUGUUUGGCUGGUUACGUCGAUGUCGUUGCCACCCUCCAAAACGACCAAGUCUCAGAGUUAAAGUUGGACAGCAAUCACUUGAAUGUCACUGGUGUCACCGAUUUGUCAAACCAACCAAUCAAGUAUCACCUUGCUGCCAAACACGAAAUCUUUGGUACUGCCAUCGUCAUUGAAGUUCCACAAGAACAACGUGGUGCCAACAAGACAUUCACUGCUCGUGUACACUAUUCAACCACCGUUGAAUCUACUGCUCUUCAAUGGUUAUCAAAAGAACAAACUGCUGGUAAACAACAUCCAUAUUUGUUCUCACAAUGUCAAGCUAUUCAUGCUAGAUCUUUGGUUCCAUGUCAAGAUAGUCCAUCAAACAAAGUCAAGUACUCUGCUGAAAUUACUGUUCCAGCUCCAUUGACUGCUUUGAUGAGCGCUUCCUCCACUGGAAAGAAAGUUGAUGGUGACAAGAUUACCUAUACUUUUGACCAAGAUAUUGCAAUUCCAACUUAUUUAAUUGCAAUUGUUGUUGGACAUUUAGAAUCAAGAGAAAUUGGACCAAGAACAAUGGUAUGGUCGGAGCCAGAGAUGGUUGAUAGCGGUGCCUAUGAAUUUGCCAAUACCGAGAAGUUCAUUCAAACCGGUGAAUCAUUGUUGACUCCAUACAUCUGGAAGCGUUACGAUAUUUUGUUGCUUCCACCCUCAUUCCCAUACGGAGGUAUGGAGAAUCCAAUGUUGGUAUUUGUCACUCCAACUUUGUUGGCUGGUGACCGUUCUCUCGAGAAUGUCAUCGCUCACGAGAUUGCCCAUUCAUGGUGCGGUAAUUUGGUUACCAAUCGUUUCUGGUCCGAGUUCUUCUUGAACGAAGGUUUCACUGUGUUUGUCGAGCGUAAGAUUAUCGGUCGUCUCUACGGUGAGGACAUGUUCCAAUUCGAAGCGAUCAACGGUUUGAAACACCUCAAGGACGACAUCGACCAAUUCGGUGCCACCAAUCCACUGACCGCUCUCCGUCCAAAUCUCGACGGUAUCGAUCCAGACGAUGCUUUCAGCUCGGUGCCAUACGACAAAGGUUUCAACUUGCUCUGCUAUCUCCAGAGUUUGGUUGGAGUCACCGAAUUUGAAGCUUGGCUCAAGUCAUACAUCGCUCACUUUGCCUACCAAUCGAUCACCGCCGAACAAAUGAAGAACUACUUUAUCAAUUAUUUCACUGAGAAGGGAAUGGCCGACGCCAUCGCCGUCGUCGACUGGCAGUCGUGGUUCAACAACCCAGGUAUGCCACACAACCAGGUCGCUUUCACCUGUCAGUUGGCCGAGCAAGCCAAAGAGUUGGCCAAGAAAUGGAUCGCCACCAAGGGUGACGGUAUCGAGAGUGCCUCGGACUUCCAAGCGUUCAACUCACAACAAACCAUUCUAUUCUUGGACACACUCUUGGUUUUGACUGCCAACGAUCACUUGCCAGUCGACGCCAUCGAGAAGAUGGACAAACUCUAUCACCUCACCGAGACUCGUAACGCCGAGUAUCGUGCCAAGUGGUACAGUCUUUGUUUGCAAUCGGGAAUCACCAGAAUCCAACCAUUGGUUGCCAAAUUCCUCGUCGAACAAGGUAGAAUGAAAUUCGUCAGACCACUAUACCGUGAGUUGAACAAAGUCAACAGAGAAUUGGCUGUCUCCACCUUUACCACCCACAGAAAUUUCUAUCACAACAUUUGUUCAAAGAUGGUUGCCAAAGAUUUAGGUCUCUAA